AUGGGCGAACUGGUCCGCGACGACGACGCUGCUGCCUCAAUCGCCGCACGCAUGGACGCCCGCGUCGACGCCCUCGUCCGUUGGGCCACGGAGCACGGCGCGGCACUGCACCCCUCGGUCGAGGUCUACAGUGACGCAGCGACGGGCCUCUCGCUUCGCGUCAAGCCCGCUGCCGGAAAGCCGCUCGCGCCGUACGAGCCCGUCGUCAGCCUGCCGACGCGCCUGACGCUGUCGUACCUCGACGCCCUCGCCGACGACUCGCCCACGCGGCUGCACCCGGAGCUCGUCGCCGCCGCGCCGCCGCACGUUGUCGGCCGCCUGUUCCUCGCCAAGGAGCUCCUCCGCUGCAGGGACUCGUUCUGGUGGCCCUACAUCGAGGCCCUGCCGCAGCCCGACGACAUCGCCGCCUGGGCCCUGCCGCCCUUCUGGCCUCCCGAGGAGGCGGAGCUGCUCGAUGGCACCAACCUCGAGGUCGGCAUCGAGAAGAUCAGGGGCGACGUGCAGCGCGAGAUCGACCAGGUCCGGGAGCUGCUGGCGCGGCACCCCUGCGCCGACGAGGCCCUCUCCACCGCCCUCGCCAGUCCGGCCAUCUACCGCUGGGCCUACUGCGUCUUCUCCAGCCGCAGCUUCCGCCCGAGCCUCGUGCUGUCGGACGCGCGCCGCGAGGGCCUGCCCGCGGGCGUCUCCAUGGACGACUUUUCCGUCCUGCUGCCGCUCUUCGACGUCGGCAACCACGACAUGACGACGGACAUUCGCUGGGACCUCGACGACGCCGGCCGCCGCUGCGAGCUCAAGGUCGGCAGGGCCCACGGCCCCGGCGAGCAAAUCUUCAACAACUACAGCAUGAAGACCAACGCGGAGCUGCUCCUGGGCUAUGGUUUCAUGAUCCCCGCCACGGAAACCCUGCACAACGACUACACGCACGUGCGGAAGCGCACCGCCGCCACGGGGCCCUCCGGCGCAGCUGCCGCCGCCGGCGACGAGUACCUCAUCUCUCGGCGGCCCUUUGCGCACCCGAGCUCCAUCCUCGCGCGGUCCAAGCAGACGCUGCGGCUGGACCCGUCGACGCGGGUGCUCAGGGCCUUUCAGCACGUGCAACCGGACAUGGUCUGGGACAUUUUCUGCACGCUGACGCGCGGCAAGGAGGUCAUUCCCGUCGCGGGCGGCGUGCAGGGCGAGGAGGCGGAGCGACUGCGGCGGGAGCGCUUCUUCGCGGGGCAGGUCGUAGGCGACGAGGCGCGCAUGUUCCUCGAGCAGACGGUCGCCGUCAUCCAGCACAAGGUCCUACAAGAGCUGGAGCGCCUCAACGAGACGGACGUGGAGAUUGUGGGCGGCGACGCGGACCUCCUCAGCAGGAACCAGAGGCUGGCGCUGGACUACAGGGACCGGUGCAGGAGCGUGCUCGAGGGCACGCUCGAGGCCAUAAGCGAGGACGAGAUACUCAACGCGAUGCUGGACGCCGACGAAGAAGAAGAAGAAGAGGGGCAAUGA